AUGGAAUCCGUGCGCAAAGCUAACCAACGUCUCCGCAACUAUCCACUCUUGCUGGGCAAGUGCGCGGACAAGGCUACGGCCUACGCCGUGUGUGUCUCACGGGAUCUUAACGUACAGCAUAAGAUCUGCGACGCCGAGUUCAAGGAAUUCAUUAGCUGCAUUCGUAAGAGUGCCCAGGAGAUGAAGGCCAAGCUGUAGACAAUCGAAAACAAUAAACAACAAAAUGACCAAA